CAACAACUGUGUUUGAGCUUCUGCUAAUCCUCCCGUAGCAGACGAUGGAAAUUAUGAGAAUUUUUGUUUUGUGUGUGUUUAGGUUAUUUCUUCACAAUUAAUGUUAUUGUUAGUUUUCAGAUCUUUGAUUCACUUUUGAGGCCUAAGAGUUUGGCGGUUAGCUAUGGAGUUUGUCGAAGAUAUUCCAACUCCUAACCUAGACAAUGUUACGAUGCACGGACCAUUUGGCAAGAAGCAGGAGGGAACACUUUGUAUAACAGGGCACCACAUUUUGUUUUCUUCUCGCACAGAACAUCAUGAAGAACUCUGGAUGUUAACCACAAACGUAGACACAGUAGAACGCAAACUCAACGGCCUCACAGGGGGAAGUGUCAUCUUGAAAUGUAAAGAUUUUAGGAUCAUCCAGCUUGACAUCUCACCUUUGGAAGCAUUCAACAAUGUUGCAACUUCAAUUGAGACUCUGUCUUCUUUUGAGGACCAGACAAAGUUUUAUCCAUUUUUCUUUCGGCCUAACUACACAGUACUGGAGGACGGAUGGACAGUGUUCCGUCCUGAGUUGGAGUUUAACAAACUGCUCCAAGGGGACGAGUGGCGACUUACCUAUGUCAAUUCUGACUUCCAGGUGUGCCCCACAUAUCCCCGAGCAGUGAUAGUACCCAAGAGUGUGGACGACGAUAUGAUAGUUGCUGCAGCCAAGUUCCGAGAAGGAGGACGUUUUCCUGUUCUCAGCUACAGACAUGAAAAAGGGAGUGUGCUGAUGCGCAGCUCUCAACCGUUGACAGGGCCGAGCUCCAAGAGAUGUCGAGAGGACGAACAGUUGUUGAAGGCUGUCAUCGGAGCCAGCAACCGAGGCUACAUCAUCGACACUCGGUCCUCAGCUGUAGCUCAGGCAGCCAAGUCUCGAGGGGGAGGUUUCGAAGUGGAGAUUCACUACCCGAUGUGGCGGAGAGUGCACAAACCCAUCGAGAGAUUCACUGCAAUGCUAGACUCUCUGUCUCGGCUCGUCGAAGCCUGUAACGACACCAGCCUCUCCAUGGACCGUUGGCUGUCUCGGCUAGAGUCCAGCAACUGGCUGAGUCAUGUCAAGGACACGCUCAACUGCUCCUGUCUGGUGGCCCAGUGUUUAGACAAGGAGUCUGCAUCGGUGCUGGUACACGGAUCUGAAGGUUUGGACGCUACUUUACUCGUCACCUCUCUCACACAGAUCAUAUUAAACCCAGACUGCCGGACUGUCAGGGGGUUACAAGCCCUGGUGGAGAGAGAGUGGAUACAAGCAGGUCAUCCGUUCCCCCGCCGCCACUCCCAUUCUGUCUACUCCCCCUCCCGCUCCAAACAGCACUCCCCCACCUUCCUGCUGUUCCUCGACUGCAUCACCCAGAUCAUGACUCAGUUCCCGUGCAGCUUCGAGUUCUCCUCAUCACUCCUCAUACUGCUGUUCGAGCACUCCUAUCGCUCUCAGUUCGGUACAUUCCUUGGUAAUUGUGAAGAAGAGAGAGACAGACUGAUGUUAUCCAAGAAGACAGCCAGUUUGUGGUCUUACCUCAACAGACCAGAGAUACUCCAGGACUAUCUUAACCCUCUGUAUGAGCCUAACAACAGGGUUAUUUGGCCUACAGUCGCCCCCGUUAGUCUGAACCUGUGGGAGGAGCUGUAUCUGCGCUGGGUCGUAGAUCUAAGUGCGCGACGCGAGGCUUGGCGAUGUGUGACGCAGCUGCGUGACAGAGACAAGGAGAUGCGACAACGUGCAGCGCGACUGCGACGACAACUACAGGAACUGGAGAGGGAGGCAGUUCAAGCCGGACUGCUUGCUUCUACUACUGCGGUGCGAUAGAUGUGCGGAUUUCAGGGUAACAAGAAAUCAAGGACCAGAAGAGAAUUAUUGUAAUGUCAUUGUGAUUAAACUGUCGACUGCUUUACUUAAGCUUAUCUUCAUCUUGUUAUAUAUUUUUCUCAAUAUAUGGUAUAUUAAUGUUCUA